AUGGCCGCCGACGCCAAAUCUGCUCCUGCCACGGAGCACAAAGUGAGACCGACCAAGCCCAACGAGGAUGCCUUCAAGGCCGACCUGGCGCUGGCUGAGAAGGAACAUGCCGCGGUGCAGGAGAAGCUGAACCAAGUCAAGGCCAAGAUUGAAGCCGCCAAGCCCAACAACAAGGACUCGCCGGCCGCAAAGAGACAGCAGGAACUCCGUGCCGAACUCUCCGCCAUCCGUCAGAAGCAGCAGGGCUUCAAGGCCUCCCGUUCCAGCACCCAGGAGAAGAUCAAUGCCCUCGAUGCCACCCUCAAGGCCCGCAUUGCUGAGCAGAACAACUCUCGCUCGCGCAUGUCCUUCAAGAAUGUUGAGGAUCUGGAUCGUGAAAUUGCCCGUCUGGAGAAGCAGGUCGACUCCGGCUCCAUGCGCCUGGUUGACGAGAAGAAGGCCCUCUCCGAUAUCUCCAACCUGCGCAAGCAGCGCAAGAACUUCGCCGGCCUGGAUGAUGCCCAGAAGGUCAUCAACGACCUCAAGACCCAGAUUGCUACGCUCAAGAAGACCCUGGACAACCCCGAGGCCAAGGCCCUCAGCGACAAGUACUCGGAGAUCCAGAAGGAGUUGGACAGCAUCAAGGCCGAGCAGGAUGGCGCGUUCAAGAACCUGAACGCCCUCCGCGAUGAGCGCACUAAGCUUCACGCCGAGCAGCAGAAGAAGUGGACUGCGAUCCGUGAGGUCAAGGACAACUACUACAAGGCCCGUCGGGCGUACAAGGAGUACGAAGACGAGGCCUGGAGAAUCCGUCGGGAGAAGCAGAAGGCCGAGCGCGACGCCUUUGAGCGCGAAAAGAAGAAGAAGAUCGCCGACAAGAAGCUGGAGGAGGCCUCGCGUCCGGCCUACACCGACGAGAUCAUGACCGCUCAGGGUCUGAUCCGCCACUUCAACCCAUCCUACGACUUCGCCGCCCUUGGCCUUGACGACAAGAAGGGUCCCUCUGCUGCUUUCCGCGCCGAGGUUGGCCGUACCGUGGACGACUCCAGCAUGAAGGGCAUGAAGGUUCUGAAGAAGGAGGACCGUGAGGAGGAGUACUUCGUCGGCACCGGUGGUAAGAAGGGCAAGAAGGGUAAGAAGGGCAACAACGCUGCCAACGGUACUGCGGCCCCCGCUGCCGAGAAGUUCAACCUCAACGUCGGUGUGAUUGAGGACUUCGCCAAGGUCAAGCUGGACCCCCCGAUGAACCAAUCUGACGUGCCGGCCGUUGUUGAGAAGCUGGCGGCUAAGAUCACGGAAUGGAAGAACAACCAGGCUUCCAAGACGGAGGAGAAUAUCAAGAAGGCCAAGGAGGAGAUUGCCCGUCUUGAGGAGGAGGCCGCGGAGGCUGAGAGCCGCUCCACCGAUCACGCCAAGAAGCCUGCCAUUGAGAACAAUGGAGUCAACGGCAAGGUUUCUGCUGCCGCUGAACUGAAGCAGGAGAAGGACGCCGCUGCGGACGUGUCCGAAGAACUCCAGAAGGCCUCCCUCGAGGAGAAGGCUUAA